GGAGAUUGUGGAAGUUCAGGUGAAGCUGUUUUGUAUCUGGUCACCUACCUUGUUAUAAGUUUCCUUGUAGUAAUCAAUAUGUAUAUUGCUGUGAUUCUUGAGAACUUUUCACAAGCCACCGAAGAUGUUCAGCAGGGAUUGACUCAGGAUGAUUUCGACAUGUACUACGAGGUCUGGGAAAAGUUUGACGAAAAUGCUACACAAUACAUUCACUUGAGCAAGUUAUGUGAAUUCGUCGAUAGUCUGGAGCCUCCACUUCGCAUUCCAAUGCCCAACUACUACAGGCUGGUAUCUCUCGACAUUCCAAUAUGCGAAAACGACAUGAUUCACUGUGUUGAUAUUUUGGACGGUCUGACUAAAAAUUUCCUAGGAACGUCUGAAGUAACUGGCGAUCUCGGAGACAUCAAGAAAGGUCCCGAAAGGAAGAACUACAAUCCUGUGAGUAGCACUUUAAAAAGGCAAAGA